AUGAAGAGGAAACAGAAGAGAUUUCUGCAGAUGACUUUGUUAUUCAUGGUGGCUUUAAUUUUCCUGCCCAAUAUUGGUCUCUGGUCUCUGUACAAGGAUAAGCACCUGGUGAAAUCCACAGAGCCUGGGGAGCAGCAGACAUUCCCACUGGGCCUGGGCGAUGGGCAAUUCUAUGCAUGGACAGAUGGUUUGAGAAGAAAGGACUGGCAUGACUAUGAAAGCAUUCAGAAAGAGGCUAUGCGCUCAGGGAAAGGUGAACAUGGGAAACCUUACCCCCUCACUGAAGAGGACCACGAUGACUCAGCUUAUAGGGAAAAUGGUUUCAACAUUUUUGUCAGCAACAAUAUUGCUCUAGAGAGGUCCCUGCCAGAUAUUCGCCAUGCUAAUUGUAAGCACAAGAUGUACCUGGAGAGGCUGCCAAACACCAGCAUCAUCAUCCCAUUUCAUAACGAAGGUUGGACUUCACUCCUGCGUACCAUACACAGUAUAAUUAACCGAACCCCAGAGAGUCUGAUAGCAGAAAUCAUUCUAGUGGAUGACUUCAGUGAUAGAGAACACUUGAAGGAUAAGUUAGAAGAAUACAUGGCCCGAUUUUCCAAAGUGAGGAUUGUUCGCACCAAGAGAAGGGAAGGGCUCAUUCGGACUCGACUCUUGGGGGCAUCUAUGGCAAGAGGAGAAGUCCUGACGUUUUUGGACUCCCACUGCGAGGUCAAUGUGAACUGGCUGCCCCCGCUUCUCAACCAAAUUGCACUAAACCACAAAACCAUCGUGUGCCCCAUGAUCGAUGUCAUUGACCACAAUCACUUUGGGUAUGAGGCACAAGCUGGGGAUGCCAUGCGAGGCGCCUUCGACUGGGAAAUGUACUACAAAAGAAUCCCCAUCCCUCCAGAGCUCCAGAGGGCAGAUCCCAGCGACCCUUUUGAGUCUCCUGUUAUGGCUGGAGGUCUCUUUGCUGUGGAUCGAAAAUGGUUUUGGGAGUUGGGUGGCUAUGAUCCAGGUUUAGAAAUCUGGGGAGGAGAACAGUAUGAAAUCUCCUUUAAGGUUUGGAUGUGUGGAGGAGAAAUGUUCGAUGUUCCAUGUUCUAGAGUUGGUCAUAUCUACAGGAAGUACGUCCCUUAUAAAGUUCCAUCUGGGACCAGCCUGGCAAGAAACCUGAAGCGGGUGGCUGAGACCUGGAUGGAUGAAUUUGCCGAGUACAUUUACCAGCGGCGCCCGGAGUACAGGCACCUAUCCACUGGGGACAUCUCCGCCCAGAAGGAGCUGCGCAAACAGCUCAAGUGCAAGGACUUCAAGUGGUUCAUGGCUGCAGUGGCCUGGGAUGUGCCUAAAUACUACCCUCCAGUGGAGCCCCCACCCGCUGCCUGGGGGGAGAUUCGAAACGUGGCAGCAAACCUCUGCGUGGACAGCAAGCAUGGAGCCACAGGAACCGAACUGAGGCUGGACAUCUGUGUCAAGGAUGGUUCUGAAAGGACAUGGUCUCAUGAACAGCUCUUUACUUUUGGUUGGAGAGAAGAUAUUCGACCCGGUGAGCCACUGCACACCCGAAAAUUCUGCUUCGAUGCGAUCUCACACAACAGCCCAGUCACCCUCUAUGACUGUCAUGGUAUGAAGGGGAACCAGCUGUGGGGACACCGGAAGGACAGAACAUUAUUCCAUCCUGUGAGCAACAGCUGCAUGGAUUGCAACCCCGCAGAGAAGAAGAUUUUCAUGGCCAGAUGUGACCCUCUCUCGGAGACUCAACAGUGGAUGUUUGAACAUAUUAAUAUGACUGUUUUAGAAAAAUUUAACCACCAUGCCAGCUCCUAGAAAGAAAGAAGGAAGAAAGAAAGGGUGAUUACCUACAAAUUAGAAACACUAAAUUUUAGCCAGCAUCUGGGUCAAAGGAGUCAGGAAUAACAUUUCCUAGAUCCAGGAAGCCUGGUUUAAAGAUUUGUAAAUGCAAUGUCAAAGUAGGUUGUCCUGAAGAACUUCCUGCAUCUGAAGAACUUGGCUGAGAAUUUCACCAGCUGCUUCUGAGAACUUGAGACUAGCAGUUCCCUUGCUGGCCAAGGGCAAAGAUUAUUUAGGAACUUUUCAAAACAACUGCUGAGUUAAUAAAUCCUAGCAUUUCUCAGGUCAAAUCCUGCAGUAGUGAGUAGCUAUGAAUGGAUCCUAUUAACUGGGUGGGAGGGGGGUGGAAAUAGUGUGCAUGACUGCUCUGACAGCCUGAGGAUGCCGCAGGGUUAGAACUAGCCACGCUUGCUUGUGGGGUGAGCUGCCCUCUUUGGUGCCAUUCUCGACUAAGAAUGGGUUAAGCAGGUUUAACCCUUAAAAGUGCUGCAGAUGAUUUUAGAGUGCUCAUACUGUUCUGUUUUCUUGUUUUAUUUCUAAAUGAGGGUGCACUCUCGAAUAUAAGACUUAAAUUACAUAAUGAAAUGGACUUCCAGUGUUCCCAUUCUUUCAUUUACAUUCACCGUGUUCCUUUUCAAGCAGAGGUAACUUAUUGUUCAUAAAAGUUCAUGCUCCAUAAAUCAGCUGAAGUUUGAAUUCAGUGCCCGUAUGAAUCCAGUUCAAAAAUAAAAAACAGAAAACUAUGCUACUGAGUUACUCCAAAGAGAAAGAUGUCACAGAAGCAGCAAAACCAUGUAAGGUUUAGAAGAGAGAUUUCCCUAGGAAAUCUAUUUUUACUUUUCUAUUAUUUUUAGAAUUUUAAAAGUCUGAUGUUUGUCCUGUCGUAAUUUUUAUUGAGGAAGGAAAUGGAGUGAGGUUGAUGUAAUUUGUUUAGGAGAUUCUUAAAUCCAAA